UCACAAGUCACAAGGGAAAAAUAAAGACUGCAUUAAUUACUGAAUUAUUUAAGAAAUAAAAAAAUAAUACUACAUUCCGAAUUUCAUCUGGACUCAUUGCUUUGAUACUGUUAAUUGUAAAAUUCGUUUGAUUUAGAAGAGAAAAAUGGGUGAACGCAAAGGACAAAACCUUUACUAUCCUCCGGAUUACGAUCCUAAAUUCGGAGGAAUAAACAAAUUCCAAGGUACUCAUGCUUUGCGGGAACGAGCCCGCAAGCUUCAUUUAGGUAUUUUAAUUAUACGAUUUGAAAUGCCAUUCAACAUUUGGUGUGAUGGAUGUGGAAAUCACAUUGGAAUGGGAGUCCGAUACAAUGCAGAAAAAAAGAAAGUUGGAAUGUACUAUAGUACUCCUGUUUAUCAAUUUCGUAUGAAAUGCCAUUUGUGCGAUAAUCACUUUGAAAUAAAAACUGAUCCAGGGAACUUGGACUACUUGGUUAUUAGUGGAGCCAGAAGACAAGAAAAUAGAUGGGAUCCCACAGAAAAUGAGCAAGUAGUUCCAGAGACAAAAGAAGUUUCUCGGAGAUUGUAUGAUGAUGCCAUGUAUAAAUUAGAACAUUCACUGGAGGAUAAAAAAGUUGCCAAAACUAGAGCAAAUGCACUAGAAAGCGCUAUUGCUGUGAAUGAAACUUUAUGGAAAGAUGAUUAUACUUCGAAUUGCACGCUUAGAUCUUUGUUCAGGGAUAAGAAAAAAGAAAUACAAAAUAAAUCAGCUAUGAAUCAAGAAUUUUUGAAUAAAACAGGAAUCAAUAUUGAUUUAGUUGAUGAACAUGAAGAUGACAUAAGAUUAGCAAAAUUAUUAUCUCAGCAUAAAAUGAAAAAUGCGAAAAACAAAGCUUUGCCUCUAAAGCAGCUGGUUUCUAUUGCACAGUCGAAAAAAAAGUCAAAAAGCCGUUUCAGUUUAGGAGAUAAAUGCAAAAGUAAAAAAAUUUUAUUGCCCUCUGUACCAGCACUAUCUAGUCCUAGUACUCCCAGUACUUCCAGUUGCAGUAGCAGCAAGUCCAUUAGUGUAACAUCGCUCGUGCAUUAUGACAAUACAAGUUCAGAAAGUGAUUCUUAGCACUUACAAUUGAUUUCACAGUAUUGUAAAUAUGUA